AUAUCAAUAUAGCAUUUGAGAAAUGGUGCAGCUGUAAAUUUACCAGACUGUAAAUCUACAGCUGCGUUUUAAACGGUAGUUGAAACCGUUUUACUAGUUUCUUUUUUUGCAACUGUCAGCUGUCAAAUUGAACUAACAUCUCAAUCUCCAUAAGUAACAUAACAUAACCAAACAAACAGUAUGAGCUCGCACUUGCAUGCAUGCAUGCAUGCCGUAUUCAUUAAUUUAUAGUGUAAUUAAAUAUUAAUAAAAGUAGUGUUAAGUGUUAUAUACAAAACUAAUGUCCGAUUCGUCUGAUGAUGAAGACCUUUCGAGGUUCCGAGAGGCUGUCGAUACUUCAUUCACUAAACUCAUCAAUGAAACCCGCGGUAUCACACAAAAAGAAGAAAAAAAACCCAUUUCUGAGAGGUAUUUGGAAACUGCCAGCCACUACAAUGAUGUCAAGGUGCCGGAGAAAAUGCAGAAACAGAUAGGCGUAAAGAUCUCCAAGAUUAUUGAGAAGAAUGUUGAAUUUGUAGACAUAGAGGAAAAUGGAGUGAAAAAACGUAAGAUCAAAGGUGGUGUGAGACUGUUCUCUGACUCAGCGGACUACCUGUCACCGGAGGCUGCGGUGGACACGUAUACUGAGACACAUAAUGCACAGUCUAGGAAAAUGAUGAAAAAGAAGCGUGAAGAAGAACAUAUAGAUGAGAAUGACAAAAUUGCAGCAGUGGCAGUGACAGGCGAGUAUGUUUUAUCAAAAGAAGAAACAAAAUGCUGGAAAUCUAGACGAAAAGAAAAAAUAUUCAAAUACAAGGCUCAUAAAAACAGCAAAGUUAUAACUGCUAUUGAAUAGUUUUCAUAAUAAAACAAAAGAGUAAAUUUAUGUUUUAUUUCUAUUUACA